UUACAUUUGACAAAUUUUUACCACUUGAUUGGAAUAUUUCAUCUUAAUUUGUUUUAUUCUAUGUGGAGAACAAUUAAAUUAUUUAUUAUGGUUUCUAUUUUUUGUAUCGAUUUUAUGAUCAAUUAAUUGUUCAGUAGAACUUGGUAGAAAUAAUCUUAUUGGAGAAUCGGUGUGAUGGUGGAAAGUAAGAGGAAGAUAAGAGUGGUCUAGAUUUUGAAAUGGACCAAAUUCACAGUUUGAUUUGCGUAGUAGAGAUUCAAAUAGACUUUUACUCAACUAAUAAGAAAAUAUAAUAAUUUUUAUCAUGUGGAAAUCAUCAGUAAUUAGUGCAUCAGAUCACAUAUUUCCUGGUUUAGCAUAUCAUGAUCGUAAAAAGGAAUUCUAUGACAUAGGUAAUCAAAUACAAUCUAGUUUACCACUUCAGAUGGCUUUAUACUUCAAUGUACGUUUUGUACCAAUUUGGGUUUUUAUUGGCAUUAUUAGUUUAGACUAUAAGUAUUUUCAGUUAACAGAUGUAUAUAAAUUCAUAACAGUUGCAGUAUUCUUACUUAUUUCCGUACUAGAAUGUACAAGAUUAUACCUAGGAUACCUUGGCAAUUUAGAUGAAAAGAUUCCAGAAUUAGCAAGCUUUUGGCUUAUAUCCACAUUAAUACAAUUUCCAUUAGAAUUGUUUCUUCUUCUCGAUAGUAGAACUAUGCUUAACUUUAUUGAACAAAUAGUUAACAGCGUAAUGAUAUUUUUUCUUAGUAUAGAAAUCAUUUUUGGGACGGUAGCAUUAAAAAAUUCAGCUUAUCAUCAUGCUAAAAGAUUUUAUAUAGCUCAGCUAUAUGAUAUAGAAGAUAGGUUUAAUUAAAAAUAAUUAAAUGAU